AAAAAAUCUUCAAUCUUUUGACUAGUCAACACUUCACAUCCAUACUUCUUUACAUGUUAAGAGUUAAGACACACAUAGAAGAAAAAAUAAUAACCUCUACUCUAGCAAAUAAUUUAACCAGCCAUGGUGGAAAGAAUAAUUAGCAAAGAAGAAGAAAGCAAAAAAAGAAGCAUGAAGAAACUCCUUCUAAUACUAAACUCAAUCCUCUUAGCUAUAGGAACAUGUGGUGGACCACUGGUAAUGCGUCUAUACUUCAUCCAUGGCGGCAAACGUGUAUGGCUCUCAAGCUUCCUUGAAACAUCUGCCUUCCCAAUAAUUCUCAUUCCCUUAACCAUUUCUCACGUCCACAACCGUUACCGUUAUCAAAACCCUAACGGCAACAACAAUAAUAACAACUUUGUCUCAAUGAAACCACCUUUGUUUAUCGCCUCGGCAGUCAUCGGAGUCCUCACCGGUUUAGACGACUACCUCUACGCCUGUGGUAUAAAGCGUCUACCGGUGUCAACUUCUUCAUUAAUUCAAUCCUCACACUUAGCUUUCACCGCGGUUUUCGCAUUUUUUCUUGUGAAGCAUAAGUUCACGGCGUAUUCUGUUAACUCUAUUGUUUUGUUGACCCUUGGGAGUGUGGUUUUGGCACUGAAUUCUGAUGGUGGAGAUAGACUUGUUGGUGAGUCUACUAAGGAUUAUGUGAUUGGUUUUGUUAUGAUAUUGGCUUCUGCUGCUUUGUAUGGAUUUGUUUUACCGUUGUUGGAGUUGGUUUAUAAAAAGAGUAAACAAGUUAUUACUUAUUCUCUUGUUAUGGAGAUUCAGCUUGUUAUGUGCUUCUUUGCUACUUUGUUUUGCGUUGUUGGGAUGAUCAUAGACAAUGAUUUUAAGGUGAUUCCAAGGGAAGCAAGGGAUUUUAAGCUUGGGGAAACAAAGUAUUAUGUUGUGCUAGUGUGGAGUGCUAUAAUGUGGCAAUUUUUCUUCUUAGGAGCUAUUGGAGUUAUCUUUUGUGCUUCUUCAUUGCUAUCUGGCAUUAUAAUUGCUGCAUUUCUUCCCAUAACUGAAAUCUUAGCUGUUAUUGUCUACAAAGAGAAAUUUCAAGCAGAGAAAGGGGUUGCUUUGGUGCUCUCACUUUGGGGCUUUGUGUCUUACUUUUAUGAUGAGAUUAAAGAAGCAAAAAAAAUGAAAAAUAGAGAAAUGGAACUGCCUCAAAGUCUUCAUUCAAUCGCAUGAUUGCAAUGGAAGAAGAUGGAGGGGGAAGGAGAAGAAUAUGGAGGGAGAAGGAGCAAUGUGGUAAGGUUUGUUUUCUUUCGCGAGCGAAAGAAACUUUGAUGGUCAACCUUACACUCAAACAAAUAGAGCAAAUUUGCAGAGUGACACCAUCGUCUUUGUAUGAAAAUCCAACGAUGGAAGCACGUUGCAGAAGUAAAGAGAACAAGAGAGUGUGAGA